UUUCUCUCUGACACUGCCUCUGCCGGUAUCAGCCGCAAAACAGGAGAUAGAUAUGAGAUCUCUAUAACAAUAACCUAAAAGUUUCGAACACCUAAAAUCGUUCUUUCUCUUCUUCAUCUACGCUUGUUAGCCUUCAAAAAACAAAAAAGCCAUGGGAGAUGAUGCUUUUGUAAGCAAAGAGAACCCGAAGAAAGCAAAGGACAAAAAGAAGAAGAAGAAGAAGCGUGGAGGAGCUAAGAAGAAGAUGACAGCUGAGCAGACUCUGGCUUUCAAGGCUGUCACUGAAUGGGUUAAUUUGGACCAGCAGUCCUCGCCUUUGGUAGCUUCCACUGCUUCUGCUUGUGUCGUUGAUGAUUUUGGGGUGCAGAAGACUAUGGGCAGAGGUGGAGGCAAGGUUGUUUUCGAAUUGCAUUCUCAUUCCAAAUGCAGUGAUGGGUUUUUGUCUCCUUCAAAGGUUGUGGAGAGAGCUCAUGGGAAUGGGGUGAAAGUUCUGGCUUUGACGGAUCACGACACAAUGGCUGGUGUCCCUGAGGCUAUUGAAGCAGCUCGGAGAUUUGGCAUCAAGAUAAUCCCAGGUGUCGAGAUCAGCACAAUAUAUUCUCCAAGCAUAAAUCCUGAAGCAGAGGAACCAGUGCACAUUCUUGCAUAUUACAGCAGCUGUGGGCCGAAAAAGUUUGAGGAACUUGAAAAGUUCUUGGCUAACAUAAGAGAUGGCCGCUUCCUUCGUGCAAAAAAUAUGGUCUUCAAACUUAACAAACUCAAGUUGCCUCUUAAGUGGGAGCAUGUUGCCAGGAUUGCCGGCAAAGGAGUUGCUCCUGGAAGACUGCAUGUGGCUCGGGCAAUGGUUGAAGCAGGCUAUGUUGAGAAUUUGAAACAAGCCUUUGCCAAAUAUCUAUAUGAUGGCGGGCCUGCUUAUUCAACGGGAAGUGAACCUGUUUCAGAGGAAGCAAUACAACUUAUAUGUGAAACAGGGGGUCUUGCAGUGCUGGCUCAUCCAUGGGCAUUGAAGAAUCCUGUUGCAGUUAUCAGAAGCUUGAAAGAUGCAGGUCUUCAUGGGUUGGAAGUUUACAGAAGCGAUGGAAAACUGGCAGCAUAUAGCGACCUAGCAGAUGUUUAUGGUCUUCUGAAGCUUGGAGGGUCAGAUUAUCAUGGAAGAGGUGGAAAUAGCGAGUCUGAACUGGGAAGUGUCAAUCUCCCAGUAUUGGCUUUGGAUGAUUUCCUUAAGGUAGCUCGUCCAAUCUGGUGCGAUGCUAUACGGGAAAUUCUUGAAAAUUAUGCAGAGGAGCCUUGUGAUUCUAAAUUAGCUAGGAUAACAAGAUACGGAAGAUCGCGAAUUGUAAAGGGAAAUACCCCAGUGAGUUGUGGCACAGAUUUGAUUGAACGUUGCUUAUCAUUGUGGUUAACAAAUGAAGAGAGGCAGAAUGCUGAAUUUGAGGCCAUUAAAAUGAAGGUUUCCCAUGUUUCAGUUAGUCAGGGAGGGCUUCAUGUCCCUGUAGAGAGUAAAUAGCUCUACUGAUAUAUCUCUGUACCAAUUUUUUAGAAUGAUGAUGAGAUAGCCUUUUUGUUUUUUUUUAAUUCCAUCUCUUUUUCAUUUUUUAAUUUGUUUUUUAUCUUUUUCAUGUUUACUCCAUUGCUAAACAUUAACAAUGAACAAAAUCAUAGGAAUGGGACUGACUAGUUGCAGUAGCA